ACCAAACGAAAAUGAUGCGUAAAACACUCACCAGUGUAUUGAGAAAGGCUUGGGACUGUAAGAUCUUACAAACAAGGCACUCUGCUUUAUUUGUGAGUGGUGCUAAAGCUACUGAAAAUUAUGUCUUCAUAACUCCACAUAUUGACUUUCCUGAAAAAAUUCAACAGAAAGAUGCUUUCAUAAAAGUUCUCCAGAGAAGGAAGGCUGAUAUUGACCUGGUUAAAAUGGAGAACCUUUGGAAAGUUUAUCAGGAUCUCAAUACAAAAAAAGCAGACUACAUCAAGAAGAAAGAAGAAAUAUCAAGACAACUAGGCAAGCUAAUAAAGAAAGAACCUGACAGUGAAGAAACUAAAAAACUUAAAAUGCAAAGUGAUUUCAUCAAAGAAAAUAUAAAGAAACUAAAAGGUCGUCUCUGGUCAGCCGAAGAAGCUGCUAUUGUGGAAUUCCUCAAAAUGCCAAACAAUUUACAUUCACGGACACCAGACGGAAACAAUAAAGUAAUAUACACACACCUCUCAAAACCACAAAAUUGUAAACACCACCUAGAAGUUGGGAAGGAGUUGAAUAUGAUUGAUUUUAAAAAGAAUGAAAAUUAUUACCUACUCGGUUCUGGUGCUAUCUUUGAACUUGGAGCAAAAUUCUACUUCAGCAAGAUAUUGAAAGAUAGUAACUUUGUACAAUUUUCAAAUCCAGAUUUUGUGAAAAGUUUGGUUAUCGAGGGAUGUGGCAAAGAUCACACUAACCCAGAUUUAAGUUUUAUUUUACAUCAUAAUGAGGACACUAAGGUGAAUGUAGACAGUCGCUUGCAUCUUACUGGAGGUGGGUCUCUAGCCUCCUUCCUUGCAUACCAUGCAAAGAAUGUUAUGUACGCCAAAGUUUUCCCACUAAGGUACUUUACAAUGGGCAGGCAGUACGUACCAGCCACGUCUAAUGAAGACAGCCUGUUCAAUGUUAGCCAAUCAUCUGUUGUUGAGAUGUUUGGAGCCACAAAAACAGAGCAAGACCAAGAUAAUUUUUUUGACGAGCUAAUAGAUAUUUUGAAGCUUGCGUACAGCAAACUCGGUUAUCAUUUCCGUUUGAGUUUGGUGUCUGCUGAUAAAUUAGCUAUGUGGGAGUCCCUGAGGGUUUCUAUAGAAAUGUAUUCUACAUCGUUGAAAGAUUAUGUUGAAGUAGGCAAUGUAUCUUUGAGUGGGGACUUUAUUAGCAAGAGGUUAAUGUUUAUGUAUAAAGAAAAUAAUGAAAACAAGUUUCCCUGUCUAAUUUCUGGUACCGUGUUGAAUGUACCCAAGCUUUUGGCCUGUGCCUUAGAGCAGGACGCGUCUUUUAAUGUACCUAACUUUGUUAAAAUUGAGAGAUAUCUUCGCACAGAAGAGUAAAAUGUUACUGGGAGGAUAAAUGUAUUUAAUUAUUUAUUAGAUAUUCUGGGAUGUCACAAAAAAUAGGCUCGUCCAUAGCAUGAAUAGGUGCUGGAAUGCAAAAUUCCUAAAAACUAAUAAAAAAUGAAGUGAUUUAAACAAUAGUGUGUGUAAAAACAUUUAUUAUGUUUAUGAUACAUAAAAUAUUUAUUCUUUUAUUGUUUAAUACAUCUAUUUUAAAAUAAAUUAUGAUAGUUUAGCACUCCAGCGCUUAUUUGGUUGAGCCGACAAUGCCUACAUGCCAGGAUAUCUUCUAAAAUACAGAAGCAUUGCAUUUUAUUAUGUGUAUUUCUUUAUA